AAAAAAUAAAAAAUAAUAAAAGCUGCUUGUUUAUUAAAAGAUCAGCAAAUACUAUUCAAUCUUUAUGCUUUACAAACAUUAAAAAUGUCCAUUAGUAAUUUAGAAUAGAAAUAGUCCAUAAUUGAGGGUGAGCAACAAAUGAGCCUUCAACCAUUAAUUUAAGAAGCAAAGAUUAGUUUAAUUUAGUCUGAAGGAUUGAUUUAUCCUGCUUCUUCAGAUGAUGACAUUAAAAUUGAAGAAGAACCAAAGAGUACUGUCUUUGUAGCUACAGCAUAAACCCUAAAAAGUGGAAUAGGUUCUGGAGUACUCUUCCUCCCUAGCACAUUCCAAGCUUGCGGUAUCACAUUGAGUUCCAUAUUCAUGGUGUUAUGUGCUAUUGUUUGCUACUUUUGCUGGUCACUUAUCAGUUAAAUAAUUAGAUUUUAAGAAAGUACUGACACUAAAGAUCCAACAAAUAAGCAUCUCACUUUGGAUGAAGCUGGUGGAAAAUUAUUUGGGAAAGGAUUCAAAAUUUUCAUAUAAGUAUGUACAUAUAUUUAUUCCUAUUCUACUUGCUUCGGAUACGCCAUAUUUAUCUACUAAUCAACAGAAGACACUAUUCCAAAUCACAUGGUUACUAUGGCCAUCAUGUAUGCCAUAUAUCUUCCUUUUUCCAUGUAUAAAAGAAUUGACAGGCUCUAUUUAUUAACAUAUAUUGCUUUGGCUGCAAAUAUAAUCACUUUAGUAUUCAUAGUUGGCAAGUCAAGUUACAUUAUUGGUACAACGAAUGUAAACUUUCCUAAGUUAACUCAAUUCAAUUUCUCAUAAUUACCUUUAUAAUUUGGAGUUUUUUCUUUUGCUUAUGACAUAAAUGGUGUUUACACUGAAAUUCAUGCUUCUAUGAAAAAUAAAAACCAAUUCGAUAAGGUCUUGCAAUAUUAUUUGACAAUUUUCACAAUUAUGGGCAUCCUUGUUGGUUUAUUGGGAUAUGUUGCUUUUGGAGAAGACACUGAAGCUGUCAUUUUUAACAAUAUUGGCUCUAUGGAUGGUGUAGGUACAGGAUUAGCAUUCUUAUACAGCUUAGCAGAAUUAGCCAGCAUUUUACUUUAUGUUUUUUGUGUGGUGAAAUUCUUUGAUAAAACUAUAAAUAAAUACGUAUUAAAAAAUGCAACAAAAUGUAUGACUUUCUUCUAAGAAUUUUUUGUAAGGUCUGUACUUUUUUUCUCGUUCGCUUUUCUAGGUCUGUAUGUCACUCAAAUUAACGCUGUUUUUAACAUUAUGGGUUGUGUCUUUUGUACAAUUUUGACAUAUGCAUGUCCUAUUUUCCUUUACCACAAAGCCAGAAAAAUCUAAGACAGAAUAUUGAAUUCAAAUUAGGUUCAAGAUUGUGAAAAGGGCGAAAGCUGUGAAAAACCAAGUAUAAUUUUAUUGAAUAAAAGUAAUUGGAUCUAUGUUCUUAGCAUUUUCUGUCUUAUUUUUGGUUUACUAGGAGGCAUUUCUGGGCUUGUUAGCACAAUAAUUUCCUUAUAACAAUCUGGUUUUUGAAAAAUUUUAUAAAAAAAUUAAUAAAAUAUAAAAUAAUAAAAAUAUUUGUAAAAAUAUGAAAUUCAUAGUAUUAAAUCUACUUUUAUAUUUAUUUAUAUCAAAUUUGUUUAAAUUUUGAAGUUUGA